UCGUUUCUUAACUGCAAGUAUUCUAAUGUUUGUUUACCGGAGCAACCGUUUUGAAUGAAAUUAAUUUUAUUCUUUUAUUUCUCUAUAUCAGACACUAUGUUUGAUAAAUUACCUACGAAUCCUAUCUUAGAUUUGUAUUUUCAGUGUUUCAGUAACUUUUUCUCCCUGUUAAAAAUGAAGUAUGGCUGAUGACAUUGAUGAGCUCUUAGAUGAAGUAACUUCCAAAAACUUUUACGAAAAUGAAACCAAAGUUGAUGUCCAGCAGCAAGUUUUGUCAGCCAAAAAAUCUAAUGGUGGAGCAGAAGAACUAGAUGCUGCAAUCCAUUCAAUCUGUAGCAUUCCUGAACCAAUAGAUUCUAUAGUCCCUGAUGUUGCUUUAAAUUUGAACAGAGGAACUAAUCGCAAGUGUACAGUUGUGUAUGUUGGUGAUAGUACUGCUACUGGAGGACUUUCUGGAGGAGUAACACAAAGGAGACCAACUCACAGAAGAUCAAAGCAUGGUGCUACAACCAAAAUAUAUACCAAAAAGUAUUAUACCAAACCUGUCUUCGAAUUAUCUGUGAAAGACUUAGAAGCAGAAAGUGCUCGUAGGAAGCAAAAGGAAACUAUUGAAAAAUUGUUUGAAAAAAGAAUGGCUGUAGUUACCGAUAAAAUGAUACUGGAUGUCAGAAAGUUCAAGCGAAUCAAAAGUGAUGUGUGGAGCAACUUUGGAGAUGUUCGUUUGCUUAUCAGUGAGGAUGAAGUUAAAAAACUUAACAUUGAUCAUCAUGUUAUCCACAUUGGAAAAGAGGCAGUAUUGUUGUGCAAAUCUUUUGUAGCUUGUGUGAAGUGCUCAGCUGUAUUUAGCUAUGAAAGUCACAGUUAUGGUACAUCGACUCUCAGAUCUCAUUUGAAAUCUUGUGGAAAACAGCGUUACAAUCGAGAUAAAACCAAAAAACGCCGUCUAACAGGUGCUUUAAGUGAUGUUGGAGUAUUGGAUCCAUCUAAAAUGCCAGAGAAACCAGUAUUUCAGCAACAGAUGGUUAAAUUCAGAGACCAUGCUACCAAGCUGCAAGAACAAGUUUUGCUUUUCUUUAUCAACAAAAUUAAACCAUUUUCAGUAUUAGACAACACAGAGUUCAAAGAUUUACUGCAAACAUUUAUACAAAUUGGUGCAACUGUCGGAGAUGUUAACUUGACUCAAUACAUGUGUCCUCCAGAGGAUUUAGAAGAAUACCUUGUCAAUGAUGUGUAUGUCCAAGCAGAGGAAAGCUUCAGAAACGAAAUUCAACUUUUAUAUGGAUUAUCAUUUUCUGCUAGUAUAUGGGUAGAUGUCAAUGAAAAAGUGUCUUAUAUUACAUUAUCUUGUCAUUAUGCUAAUGAGGAUGGCUUGUUUAAAUCUGUUAUGUUUCAUACAUCAGAAUUUCCUUAUGACCGGAAAGCACCGGAAGAUGUUACCAAGCUUUUUCAAGAAUGCAUGGCUCUUAUGCAUUCUGACUUUAAGAGGUUACUCGUGAUCGACUAUUCCUUUAACAUGGUUAAUGCCUUCAACAACAGUGAACAGUUCAUUCAGUGUAUUUGUUACGCUCUGAAUAUAGCUGUUCAAACAGUCAUAAAUACACUCACUACAACUGACGAAAAAGAUGAAGAUGGCAUGCAAGACCAGGACAUGGAAGAUCCAUAUGCAUUUGCCUGCUUCGUAUCACUGAUACACCAGUGCAGGUUGCUUGUGUUGCAUUUUAAAGAAAAGAAACUGCAAAGUAGUUUGCCAAAGAAUCUGCUUAUGUGCUCUAGUACAUGCUGGAAGUCUGUGUUGAGUAUGUUGGAAUCCAUAAACAGCCAAUGGGAACAUAUUAAAGACAUUUUGAUUGAUCGGGAUGAGCUGGAAAGCUUUUGCAUCGACCAAGAACUACUGAGCUUAGUUGUUGACUUUCUGGAAAUAUUUAGAGAUGGCUACAAUGAGCUUUCAUCCCUAACAAAUCCAACUUUAAACUUAGUCCUACCCUGGGUUACAAAGUGGAAAACUCAUUGUUUGCAAAAUGCAGAUGAAUCACCUUUUCUAGCUGCCGCCAAAAGCUUCAUGAAUUUUUCCAUCGACAAUGAAGUAGUAAAGCGAAUUACCAUACAUCAUAAACUCGCCACCAUGCUGGAUCCGAGAUUCAAGGAGUUGCAGUUUCUGACUCCCGAAGACAGGCUGGAAACUCAGAAUCAUGCUGAAAUCUUGGUUCGAGAGUGUUAUGAAACUCUCUUGAUGAAUGGCAUAGAUGUCCAUAACGUAGCUUCUAGUGGCGAAGGGUUUCCCGAUUUGUGCGACACCAUGUCUGCUGAAAAUGAAUCCAUGAAUAUCAGCUUCAGUGAAGAGGUCGAGGAAUAUUUGGCUGAGCCAUUUACUAUGGGCAAACUGGAUCUUGAUAAAGAGAACAAGUUUAAUCCUCUACAGUACUGGAUCCGCGCCAAGACAAAGUUUCCGUACUUAAGUAGAGUUGCUUUGUGGAUUUUGUCUUGUCCAGCUAGUGCCAUUCAAACAGAUGAUAGUUUUGUUGCUAGCGAAUGGAUGGUAACAAUGAAAGAAACAGAACUUCCUCGGAAGCAUAUGCACAAGUGCUUGUUUGUUAAAACAUUUAGGAACUUCCUGCAGAAAUAGUAAAAUGUUGCAAUAAUUAAUUUCUUUCCUGUACAUACUAAUUUGAAUGUCACCUGAUUGUAAAGUUAUAAUUAUGUGCAUUUUGUAUAUAAGAUAAAUAAAUCAAUUAAAAAUUAUUA